AUCCGCGCUUACAGACAUUUAGGCACUACGGAAAGUAUUGUUUUUUGACGUAAAAUUUUCAGAGUAGCUGAGCGCUGACAAUUAUUUGUUGUUACAUGCUCAGCUCUUUAUGUUUUAUGAUUUUUCCUGUUUAUAACAAUAACUUAACAGAAAAUUAACAAAAUGGCAUGAGUUAAACCACACCUGGCUGCUCAAGACAUAAUCAAAGUAGUAAAACACUUGCCUUGCUGGUUUAGUGACGUGGAUGUGAUCAUUUAGGUUAUAUUUACUCCACUUUCCCAAAGAAAAACUGGAUCUUUAAUAGAAAAUCAAAAUGUUCGAAAUAACCGACACACAAAAAAUAGGUGUAGGCCUAGCUGGAUUUGGGGUUUUCUUCCUAUUUUUGGGAAUGUUACUACUAUUUGAUAAAAGUUUACUGGCAUUAGGCAAUAUCCUUUUUAUUGCUGGAUUGGCAGCAGUUAUUGGUAGAGAGAGAACAUUCAGAUUCUUCUUCCAGAGGCAUAAAAUAAGAGGAAGCCUUGCAUUUUUUGGAGGUAUUAUCAUAGUGUUAUUUGGUUGGCCCAUGGUGGGAAUGAUUUUUGAAGCUUAUGGAUUCUUUAUGUUAUUCAGUGGUUUUUUCCCAGUUGCCAUAAACUUCUUGAGGAGGGUUCCAAUCUUAGGCACAUUUUUGAAUUUGCCUGGUAUUAGUAAAAUAGUUGAUAAACUGGCUGGAGACUCCAACCGAACAACGGUCUAACUAACUAAUAUGUAUGCAUGUGAAAUACAAUGAUUCUCGUCUGUAAUCUAAACACUAACUUAAUAAGUAUAUGGUGUAUGUACAGAAACAACUUUUUCACUUACUGUGUUGGAAAUAAAACAUAUGUUUAAGUAAGGUUUAAA